AACGGUUUUAUUUGGGAAAUAAGAUGAAUUUUAAAUCGUUUCAAAAACAAUCGAAAAUAUGGAAUGAUUUUCACAUCUUAGAAAAAAAGAAUUGUAUUUAAUUCAUGCCGCAAGAAAAGUAUUUCGAAGAUUCCAGCAGAUGGAUCUAAAUUCCGUUCAGAGUGUUUGUUUACGUAGUUGAAGAAUAACAAUGUCAUCGUCCGAAGAAGAAAAUGAUCAGUUGAUGGAUUUAGAAACUAUACGAGAUAAAAUAUUAAGUCAACCACGUAGUGAACGCAUGCAAGUAAGUGCUUGGGAAGAUGACGAUGACGGGAUAGAAGCUGAACGAAAUGCUAAAGAACCUGAUGCUAAAGAAAUUCUAAAUGCAGCUGAAAAUGGCGAACUGGAUAAAAUAAAAAAAUUGGUAACGCAAAAUCCAUGUCUAUUAAACUCUACAGACAAGGAUGGUUACACUGCUCUACAUAGAGCUUGUUAUGGAAAUCAUGUGGAAGUUGUGGAGUAUUUACUUCAAGCAGGUGCAAAGAUAGAUGCUAAAACUAUGGAUGAAUGGCAACCAUUGCAUUGCGCAUGUUGUUGGAACAAUGUUGAAUGUGCAGCAGUGUUAAUUGCAAAUGGAGCAGAUAUAAAUGCUAAAAGCAAAGGUGAUCAGACACCUUUGCAUUUGGUAUCAGCAAGUUCUCAUAAUUCUCCAGCUUUGCAGCUGCUUUUACUACAUCCUGACACUAACCCACAUAUAGUCAAUUCCAGUGGUGAUACAGCAGAAGAUAUUGCAAAAAGGACAGGAAAGUAUUAUCCAAUGUUUGAAAUCAUCAGGGACUACUUAAAUGUUAUUUGAGGUAAGUCAAGAGAUUUUUCUGUUGCUUAAUAAAUUUAUUGAAUAUACUUAUAUACACAUGUUACAACAUAAGGAAUAUAAAAAGUUCAUGAAAUCAAGAGUUUGAUUUAAGCGUAUCUUCGAUAUACUAUGAUUAAGAUUAUAAAUAUAUAUUAAUAACAGCACCUGUGCUUCCUUUGUAGGUGCAUUAUGUAUUUUAAUACAACAAAGUAUAAAAAUAUAGAUGUUUAUAUAUUACUAGAAAGAUAACAAAAAUUAUUGUAAUAAAAAUUUCAAUAAAAUAAUACUUCAACAAUGCUUAGUUUUGUUGCUUGACGUAUGAAUGUAUAGGUUAUAGACUAUUUUAAGAGCAUUAACAGAACAUAUUUGCUGAUUGCGAGUAUAUAAACGUAUUGAAAAUAUGUUAUUAGUAUCAUAAAUUUU